CCUUUAUAAACCACAACAACAACAAUGGGAGCCUCUGAGAGCUUCUCCAGACACUGGUUCUUAUAUACUAUGUGUAUUUUCAUAUUAUUUGCAUAUAUUGCGCCCGGUGUUGGUUCCAAGGGAGGUUUAAUAUACCCGGAGAUUACCGUGAAAUGUGGGGCCGUUUCGAUGAUUUUCUUCCUCAGCGGAGUGUCGCUGAAGACCGGUGACAUCCACACUGCCAUGUCGCAUACUUGGUUGCACGUCUUCGUGCAAGUAACGUCGUUUUUUAUAUACCCUCUACUUGUGAAGAUCGUGUGCCUUGUAUUGCAGAAUCUUGCUGAUGUAAAUAAGUCUCUCAUAGAAGGUCUACUGGUUGUGAGCUGCAUGCCGCCCCCCGUCUCAUCUGCCGUCAUCCUCACUCGAGCCUGCGGAGGAAACGUGGCAGCAGCCGUCUUCAACUCUGUCGUCGGGAGUUUUCUCGGCCUGUUCUUGACCCCCUUGUCUCUGAGGAUGUGGCUUGGUGUGUCUGCAUCCAUCCCAGUCAUUGAUACAGUCAUGUAUCUUUUGCUCACAGUUCUGUUACCUCUUUGUGCUGGUCACUUAUACCAGAGAAGAGGUCACAGUCAGGUCAGCGUGCCUCAGGGAUCAUCCUUGGCAGUUGUGGGGCAGUGGAUGCUGCUCCUUAUUAUAUAUUCAACCUUCUGUGAUAUGUUCAGAUCAUCAAAAUUAGAAGAAUUACUUCCACGAAUGGCCAGCACGAUAUUUAUAGUGGUGUGCAUGCAGUGUGCAUUGCUGUGUGCAACAUGGUGGGUGUGUCAGCGGUGGCUGGUGGGCUGGUUCACCCGUGGUGAUACCUUGGCAAUAAUGUUCUGUUCUACGCACAAGUCACUCACGCUAGGUCUUCCUAUUCUGCGUAUAUUGGUGUCGGAAGUGACGGCGCUAGGAGAGUUGGCGCUUCCCCUCUUAGUAUAUCACCCGCUGCAGAUGGUGCUUGGGGGAACCCUCACCCCACGCCUCACUGCCUGGGCUCAACACAAGUCUCACAGAGUCUUCGCUUUGGAAGUUUAAAAAAAAAAUCAUUGACAAAAUAGGCAGCAAAAUUUCAGCACUCUGCAUCCCAGAUGAGAACACAGCUUCAGGUCUGUCAACAGCCUAUAGUGAAAACGUCGGGAAAUUGUCAUCAACUGAUUUUUCUGGUGCUGUGCGACCGCAGGUUCAACAUUUCCCCAUGUUCGCCAAGGAGUGUUAAACCCGUAGGAGGUCAUCUGGCACCCUGGGGUGCUUAGUGGCAGUCAACUUCACCUUAAGGGAAUGGAGGUUGGUACACAAAUGAGC